CGAAGAGUAAAGGUACAGCUGUGGUCUGCGUAACUGAACGGAUAACAACCGGGAGAGCUUUUACAUGAUUAAGGUAAGGAAUUAUUAUAACUAUAUAAAAACAAUUUAUUGCGGCACUUUGGAAUAUAAGGACAAUGUUAAAUUAUUGCUCGUAGAACGAACAUGCAGCAUUCCUCCGCAGUACAAAAAUUAUUAUAAGGGAUCGAUAUUAGUGGCUUGAACAGCACCUUAAAUAAAAAGUAAAAUAAUUCCUUUUACUAAAGGAAGAAAUAGUUAAUAACUUGGAUUUACUAGUUUCUCUUGAUAGGUGGUAUUGUUCCUCGGUCCAAAUUUGAAAUUGGUCGCCCAUUUUGAAGGUUUCGAAUUCAGCUGAAGUCAAUUUUCUUUUGACUUAGAGCCGGAAUCCCACUAAGCUCACAGGUAUAAUAAAGGUGAAAUCUGAAAAAAAGGAACAUACAAUGUUUACUAUUCUAGCUUUACCGUCAAUAUUACCGCGGGUGUCUUGAAAGAAAACCUACUCUUCUAUGAAACUAUUAGCCGUUUAAUACUAUUAGGACGAUGGUUACAUUCACGUUCACGAGUAACUGCGACUCCAAGACCUAUGUGAAGUUAUCUUAAAAAGGGGCGUCAAAACCGAAUGCGUGUUAUUAUCAAAUACCUUAGUAUUUUGUCUCACGUGGUAUACAUAGCGCUCCGCAUCCGGGGCUAUUAAAAGUCACUUGCCAGUUACGACACCAGUACUGCAGGCUAUCCUUGCAGGGAAUUAUCAACACUGGACUGCUUUUGAUGACAUUACAGCACAGCUAGUAGUCUAAGAAAAGUGCAACAGUGUUUUAGACCACACUACGGAGAUCGCUGGACUAGUUCAAUCUGUACCCUCGUAGUUUUCAUUUAAAAGAGAAGUGCGGCGGGUAUUAAUCAUCUCGUCGACUCACGAAAACCGCACAAUAUCAAUCAAUCUCUCUCACACUUUCCGCUCUCUGUAAAACGCUUGGUAGUGAAGACUUAGUGCACCCGUGUCACAUCACGUGACGAUUUGUUUAUGGUUUAGAAAAAAGUAUUUAAAAGCAAUAUCAUUUCUUGGCAAUAGGAACCGCUAUGCUAAAAAAGUUUUAAAUUUACUCUGAUAAGAACUUCAAGGAAAAAGCAAAACAAAAUAAAGCGCAAAAAAAUAUCAAAAGCGUUCGCGUGCAAUCUUUGCUUCUACCAUCGUGUACGAAGUAGAUUUUAACAACGUGACUUUACAAUUUUUUUCCCCAAAAGCCCUUACGGACGAAAGGGCAACAAAAUACCAAAUGGAUCUGCAACAAAAUGCCAAAAUUAUAGAUUUUUGGCGGGAUUGCUUCAAUAUUCUGGGAAAGUUAACUUAUCACCAAUUCACAGGAAUUCAUUUUAAUUUGUUUUCGAACUUGGCGUCGCCCCCGCAAUGAGAACACGUGGCUUUUCACAAAAAGCAGGGUUUCAUAGCUUUAAGUUAAACAUUUCCAACUUAAUUCAAGUUCUUGAGUCACAUCUUUAAGUUUUAUUAUCUUAUUUUCAACAAAUGAAUUUCUAUGACGUUUUACAAGCUCUCUGACUAACGACAUUAUAAUUAUUAUUAUUAUUAUUAUUAUUAUCCACAAAAAUCUGAUCAAAAUGGCGCGUUAUUAUCCCGAAGCUUCCUUACAGUCAUCACCCGAUCUAAACCGCAUGCUUAUUAUGUAAGAUUUCUUUCAGUCCCAAUUACGUAACUUUACAGUAAUCGGCCAUCCGAAGGACCGACCAUACUUUCAACUGACGGACGAAACGACUGACCCACCAUAGUUCCCCUAUAGCUCACUAACAUUUCACGAGCAAAAGUAGUCACACAUACACAAAUUAAACCUGUUCAACGUACUCAGUCGUGAUUAUCAAAAAUUGAUAAAAAUAUGAAUGAUCAUCAGAAAGGCUACUAAAGGCACGUCAUAUCGAUCCACGUCAAAAGACUUGAGGUGGGAUGUUUCGAUUGGCCGAUGCAAAUAUAGCCUGGCGAGUGCAGACGUCUCCUGUUUUCCCUGUUGAGCGCGGAAAAGAGACAACAAAAAGAAUAAUUAUAUUAAGCUGUCAGCACAAAAAAGCCGAGGCUUAUGUGACAAGAAAGUGUCCCAAAAUCUUUGUUUAGAUGUCUGUUUAAUGAAUAUUUUACACCAUGUUUGCUGGGAUGACAUACGUUAACUAAUUUGCACUUGAAAACAAACUAAUUAAUAAAAGGAUUCUAACAGUAGUAUUCAAAUGACGACAUCUUGCAAAUUACUAUCAGCUAUAAGGACAACUGCACGAAGACAUGAUUUUUCUUAAAACGACAAAAUUCUCCGGGAUUCAUUUUUCUUGUCCAAACUGGGCUCAGUAAUGUUUCUAAAAAUUUCAGUGGCAUAUUCAAAUUUAAAAGCAGGAAGGAAAACCAAAAGAAUUCUCGUAGUAUCAAACAAAUGACUUUAUUGUGAAAAUGUCGUGUAAAAUCCAUACAGUUGUGUCAUAUCACUUCCUUAAUAUUAUAUUGGGCGGUCGGAAUACCUGACUUUUAAAAGGACUAUCUAUUAAACAUACUGUCAUUAAUGAUUACGUAAUACUGUUUGCGGUUCAAAGACCACUGCAAAUGCGUGUAAUACUGAACUAAAAAGAGGCCGGGGACAACGAUAUAGAUUCUGAAACAGGUCAGUCAGAACACAUUCCGAUCUAAUACGCCACUCCGAAUAUCGUACCACAAGACUUUUUACGUUGUUUGAUAAACCCCUGCAGUGGAAUUUUUUUAAUAGCCGUUCACACACAAAUAUAAAAUUGGUAAUGCUUGUUGAAUGUAAGUGUCUUAAAUUCAUAUUUCAUCUACAAUAGCCAAUAACAAUAGCCGCAUAUAUUGAUUUUAAAAAUAUAUAUAUUGCGUAGCACAGCAUAUAUAUAGGGCGUUGUAGGACUAACCAAGGCAUUGAAAAGCGAGGCGAAGCCUGAAAGGAACGCACAGCUGUAGUCUGCGUAACUGAACGGAUAUUAAAAACUGGGAGAACUUUACAUAAUUAAGGUAAGGAAUUAUACUAAACUAUAUAAAGCAAUUUCUUGCGACAUUUUGGAAUUUAAGGAAAAUGUUGAAUUAUUUGCUCGUAGAACGAACAUGUAGCAUUCUUCCGCAUUACAAAAGUUAUUAUAAGGGAUCGAUAUUAGUGGCCUGAACGGCGACUAAAAUAAAAAGUAAGAUAAUACCUUUUACUAAAGGAAGAAAAAGUUAAUAACUUGGUUUUACUAGUUUCUUGUGAUAAGUAGUAUAAUUUAAAAUUGGUCAGCCAUUUUUGAAGGGUUCGACUUCAGCUGAAGUCAAUUUCCUUUUGACUUAGAACCCAAAUCUCAUUCAGCUCUCUGAUAUAACAAAGGUGAAAUCUGAAAAAAAGCAACAUACAGCUAGUGUUUACUAUCUUAGCGUUACUGUCAAUACUAAGGCGGGAGUCUUGAAAGAAAACUUGGUUUUCUAUGAAACUGUCAGCCGUUUAAUACUAUUCGAACGAUCGUUACAUCCAAGUUCAUGACUAACUGCGACUCCAAGACUUUUUGUAAAGCUACUUUAAAAAAAAAGACCGAAUGGAUAUUAUUAUCAAAUGCCAUAGUAUUUCGUCUCACGUGGUAUAUAAAGCAUAUUCCUGCAUCCGGGGCUAUUAAAAGUCACUUGCCAGUUACGACACCAGUACUGCCGGUUAUCCAGGUGAGCUUUAAAUGCAAGGAAUUAUCAUCACUAGACUGCUUUUGACAUUGCAGAAGAAAAGUGCAACAGUAUUUUAGACCACACUACGGAGAUUGUUGGACUAAUUCAAUUCGAGUAAUUCGUACACUUGUAGUUUCCAUUGAAAAGAGAAGUGCUGCGAGUAUUGAUCAUUUUUUCAACAGACGAAAACGGUGCAGUAUUAAUUAAUCUCUCUCUGACUUUCCGCUGAAGUCUUAGUAAACCCGUGUUACAUCAUUCAUGGUUUAGGAAAACGUAUUUAAAGCCAAUAUCAUUUUUUAGCAAUAGGAACUGCUAUGCUAAAAAAGCUCAGCUUUUACUUUGAUAAGAAUUGCAAGAAAAAAAAAUAAAAUAAAAUAAAGCGCGAAAAAUAGCAAUGGCGUUCGCGUUUCAUCUUUGCUUCUAAAUUGUGUAAAAGAUAAAUUUUAACAAAGUAACUUUUCACAAUUUCCGCAAAAGCCCUUAGGGACGAAAGGACAGACUGGAUCAGUAUCCGCAAAAAAUCCCAAAAUUAUUUACCAUAGACUUCUCUCUCACUGACAUUUCACGGCCGUGAAAAGAGUCACACAUACACAAAUUAACCCUGCUGAACGAACUAAGUCGUGAUUAUCAAAAUUUGCUAAAAAUAUGAAUGAUUGUCAGAAAGGCUUCUAGAGGGACGUCAUCUCGAACCACGUAAAAAGACUUGAGGGGAGAUGUUUCGAGUGGCCUAUGCAAAUAUAGCCUAGCGGGUGCAGACGUCUCCUGCUUCAUUGUUGCGCGCGGAAAAGGAUAACAAAGGAAAUACAGGAUGUCAGCACUAAAAAGUAGACUUAUGUAACAAGGAAGUGUUCCAAAAACCUUUGUUCAGAGGACCGUUUAAUGGAUAUAUAUAUUUCUAUUACGCCAUAGUUGCAGAACUUCGCCGGGUUGUUAACUAAUUUGCAUUUAAAAAAUAAACUAGUAAUUAAAAGGAUUCUACUGAGCAGUAGUCAACUGAUUACAUCUGUCAAAGUACUAUUAACUACAACUAAGGACAACUCCACGAAGACAUCAUUUUUCUUACUAUAACAGGAUUCUACAGUCUUGAUUUUUCCUUUUCAAACCGGAAUUAGUAAUGUUUCUAAAAAUCUCAGUGGCAUAUUCAAAUUUUAAAACAGGAAGCAACACCAAAAGAAUUUAAUUUGUAGUUUCAAACAAAUGGCGUUUUUGUGAAAAUGUCGUGUAAAAUCCAUACAGUUGUCUCGGAUCACUUUCUUGAUAUUAUAUUGGUCAGUCGGAAUACACCUGACUUUUAAACGGACUAAUUAUUAAACAUACUGUCAUUGAUGAUGCAAUACCGCUUGCGGUUCACUUCAACGCUGAAGUUCAAAGACCGAUGCAAAGACGAUAGAAAUUCUGAUACAAGUCUGUCAGAACACAUCCCUAUUUUAUUGGCCACUCCGAAUAUCGUACCACAAGACUUUUUACGUUGUUUGAUAAAUCCCUGCAGUGGAAUUUAUAUUUAAUAGCCGUUGAUACCUAAAUAUAUAAUUGGUAAUACUUGUUAAAUGUAACUGCCUUAAAUUUGUAUUUCAUUUACAGUAGGCAUAUCUUUUGGCUAAUUAUGUCUUUUCAAGAUAUUACGCGCAGCGCAACAUUUAAAAGCGUAACCGGCGAUUUUCAGGUGUUAAUUAGGUGUUCAACGUUGUAAGAUCCAAGGCGUUGGAACAAACUGGAUCGGUUGAAGAAGCCCUAAGAACGAAGAACGUGUAUGUAGAUGGCUAUAAUAGAGGUAACUGAAGAGGAAAGAUUUGUGAGAUUACUUAUGAUUUAGCUGCAUGGUGGUAAUUUAAAUAAUCAUGAAAAAGUUUUAAUGUGGCGUUUGGGAUAUAAAUCUAAUGUUGAGUUAACUUCGGUUAGAGCAAAAUCAAUUUCUCUUAUGUACAAAAUAAUUAAUAGGGAUAGUGGCGUAACAGAGACAUCUAAAAUGUAAAGGAAGAUAUCUUGUUUUAUUAAUUAAAGUCAGCAAGGAACAGGUAAUAACUUUCAACUCUCUGGCAGGUAAUACCUUGGUUUUACUAGUAACUCUUGAUAAAAUGUACUGUCCCUCUAAUCCAUAGUGUAGUGUGACCGAGGUAAUCGAGUAAUAGGAAUUCUAUUGUAUUACGUAAUUCCACUAAUGACGCAAUACUGUUCAUUGUGUUCACGAUCUAAUCUAUAGUGGUUUUGUAAGCGCUCCUUUAGAAAAGAGAUAAUUAAAUACACAAAGUUUUUAAACCACUGCAAAAGCCAAGAACGAUAAGCGUUGCAACGUGGUCAAUCAUUAUCAACCAAAUUACAACCAUUGAAAACAAUGGAUCAUUUGAAGGCUGAAAAGACAAAUUCGUCGAUUACAGUAACUGUAAUCGACGAGUUUGUAUUUUCAGCCUUUUUAAAUGAUCUAUUGUGACCGAUUGGAGGAUGAAAAUAUAUACGAACACUAUUUCGUUGUUCUAGGUCAUUUUGUCAAAAAAGUCCUGGAAAAAAUUGAAAUAUCCUGCACUGAAAAAAAAUAUCGCUCAUGAUUGAUAAUGUUGAAAAAAAAAAAAAUACUACAUCGUUAUUUCAGUCUCGUUGAAAAGUUUCUAACUCCGGAGAGGUUGGGAAAAAAAUCUUCAAACUAAAUCAGUAAAAUCACCCAUACCCCACUCCCCCACAAACGUCCAAUGGUCAUGUCAACCAUUUAUGGGGCGACGGAAGAAACGGAUUUAACACGUUAGUAAAUGUCAUCCAUCAACAUAAUGGCUGGCGCGCGUUCAUCAUGUGGUGGUUUUCAAGACUAAAGUUUUGCAUUUCAAGAUUGAAAAUACGGCGAUAAAAGACACAAAGGAAAGAGAAAGUUAAAAAUAAUGCUCAGUUUCCUUUUUGUGGACAAACGAAAGCUUUUCGCUAUGACAUUGUCUUUUGAGGGAUUCAACCUUGUUUUCUACGGAUCGGAGCGCUGGGCUUGUUUUGAACCAACAAGGCAGCAAGGUUUCUGAAGACACUUGAGGUAUAACGUACAUUCCGUAUUCUACGAUCAAAGAAAAAUACUUUUUUAAAAGGGAGUUUUUGUAUUUUAAAGCAUUGCCAGAAAUUAGGGACAGAAUGGCGGUUGCGCGUGCGCACUAAGGCCACAAUGGCUGCGAAUUCGCAUAAGAAAAUGUAUGGAGAUAAGGAAACUUUUUCAAAUAUAUCGAUUAUGAGCUCACGGGUGUUCGGUGCCCGACUCGAAACAUGUUAAGUGCUGUGUAACCUUCGCAUCUGGGUUAAAAAUAGCUAAUUAGAAGUAGGUUUACUUACUUCCUGACGUGGCCACUUUUAUCCCUCGUUGUACGCUCCAUUUCUCCAUACAUUGUCUUAAAAUCUUGCCGAGGUCAUGCAAAAUACUCGUCGAUUAGAGGAUAAACCCUUCACUGAAGUAAAUUUGCCCGACUUGAUAUCACUUCUGCGAUGGAAGAUGUUUCCAAAACAGUCGUUCAAAGGACGAUUUUUGCACUGCAAAAUACUUCCAAAGGCGCAUUAUUUCCGUCCGUUUUCCAUCUGUGGUCUAGUAAUGUACGCCAUAGUUGCGAAUGACACAUUUCGGUCGGACAAAGCUUCACAACUCCAAAUCUAACCGAAUCGCCAUUUUGUUUGUUGCUAAAACUCCAGAGAUGCUUCAGGGGAUAUAAACUAGGUUCCAGGCAUUCAAAAAUCCUCGAUUAGCCUACCAGGCUUGGUUUUAAAACAAAAUUGUCACGAAAAUGUCACGAAAGGUACAUCCGUGUACUGUUUUGUUGCUAUCAGCCGCUCGGUCGAGUAUAAACCUAAAAUUUCCUUGCAAGGUGUUUUAUUCCAGCCUUUUUCUUCGUAAAACAGAUCACAGAGUUCAAAUUAUUUAAAAAAUCGCAGGGGAUACGCUUUCCCUGACUACGAUCGUCUUUGUCCGCCAUUUGAAAAUGAGAUUCCGCUGACAAUUAAUCACGGGCGCGAAAUGUCCACGAUUUCUGGCAAUGGUUUCAUGGACAGUUUUCUACAUUUUGACAUCGGCGUGAAAGAAAAACCACCAAAUGUGCAUUUGAUAUUGAUUUUUUGCCAUGUGCUCGACCGAUUUAACUUGCGUGAACGCAAUGAUCUAACUUGUCUUACGCGAAUUGCUUUUUAGGAUUAACUUAUGGGUUUUUUAAUAAAAAUUUUCAAGAAAUUAAUUUAUUUAUCUGUCAUUGUUCAUUCAUAACAUUAGCUCAAGAAACGACCUUGACACCACAGAUCGUGAGAUUUUUAGAAACAUUCAGACAGGCCCUUUCUUGAAUUAAAACUGAAGUGUUGUUUUCAUGUUCCGCAUUAAGGUGCUAUUCCUAUUCUCAUUCAUUACUUGUCAUUCAAGAAUUUCUGCAGUUUUGCAGUGUGCAGCGUUCAGCGUGCUGCUCCUUUUCCUUAACUUGUGCCCUGCUGAUUACAGCUGCAUACCGCUUGAAUUAAGUUUACUGCGUUUGUUUUCAGUUGUUUGUUUACGGCUUUAUAUUCUCACUGAAAAAGUGACCUUAUCUAAAAAAUGAAAGAGUUUUCCUCUAUUCUAAAACGCACAGACUCGUCGGCUUUUCGAGCUCGAGUUUGUCUUUUUUUUUUAGUGAAAAAAGUUGUAAGUUGCUGUAUUAAGUUUAUAUUUGUAGUGAAAGAUUGGCUUAUAGUUAUUAGUAGCGAAAAAGGUUAUCGUUUGCUUUCCAUAUUUGUCCUCAGAGAAAAUGUUAUACACCUUACGGUAACAUUUUCUUACAGAUAUUGUGAGGUAUAAGUGUAAAGGCUACUCACUAUUCGUCCGAGCCCGUUAAAAAGAACGAAAAGAAAAGAAAAUAUAAUGGGCUUACGGGAAAACAAAAGUCCUUAAGUCGGCCUGAUUUUACUUUUAGGUCUUCCCUUAAACUCAGACACCGACCCUAGAAAUCGUAACCUGUAAAUUGCUGCUUCUAUAUAUAAGAGACCUACAAUUUAACAAUUUUUUUUAAAUUCAGGUUUGUUUGCGGGAAAUUUUUUCUUAAUCAUUUAUUCCCUCGCUCUAAAGGUGUUUGAUACCGAAGGCUCUUAGGAUGCGAAGAUUUCUUUUUUUUGGCUUAGAGUUUAUUUGAUUGCUUUUAUCAUAAGUAUAGAAAAGGAGGCUUCGCUUUUAGCCUUGGCUAAAUUUAUAUAUCAAGUAGAUAGACAGAGUGGAUCGGUGGUGUCCAAAAAAAUGCUUUGUAACAUACAGUAGGCUACCUUUCUUAACUUUAUAUGAUUUAAAGAUUUAAUGAAUUCGUUAAAUCAGUAUAGUACAAAAUGAUAAAAUUUUUCAAGCCGUAAUGAAAAAAAAUUCAUAAACGCUACUGACCAGUGAUAGUCAGUGUUAACUUUGUAACCAAAGAAUAAGAGGUAAAUAAGCGAAACCACUUUCAAGACAUUUUAAAGUUUAAAAAGCGUUUCAAAUAAGCUUAUAAAGGGGCUAAAAUAAUGAGAGUAUAUCAACGCUAAUCGAAAGGAAGUGUAUCUGAAGAAAGGGUUAAAAAGAAACGAAAAAUAUUGAUAUUCUUUGAUCUGUAUCAUGACAGUUUGUAUGCUCAGGUUCUGUUUUUAGCAAUCGGCCAUCAAUCAAUCAGCUCAAUCGAUCAAAUGUUCAACCACAUAAAAAAAACCUUUUAGGAGCGUAGUAUAAACUAUGCACCUUCUUCACUGCCUAAAAUAAUAUAAGUAUAGAUUAAAUUUAUGAAGGGCAAAUUCCAUGUCCGUCAAUGAUUCAUGCAGACAAAAAUCAUAUGCAUGUGUAUUUCGCACUUGAAAUACCAUAUAUCUGGACGGGGUCAAGGUGAAGAUUCUUUUGUCUUACGAAAUAUUGCCCGAUUACACAACAGACUUCUCAUCAACUUUGUCGCCACUAGUGUAAAACUAAAUAAAUGAAGUACUUAAAUCCGAACUUUCAUCAUAUGAUUGUGUAUGCAAAUAUAAUUUUCUGCUACAAACUUUAUUCAGUAUAUGUGCACUGAUAUUUCCAAAAGUAGGAUAGUGAGCUAAGCCCAUGAGGCAAUAAACAACGCACCAUGUUUUUUUCAUUGCUGCAGAUAAUUUUGAAGGAAUGAAAAUUUCUUUGCGUCCUGCACAUAUGGCUUUACUCGGAUCGACUCAAACUGUUUGCUUAGCUUUUUUGCGAUAGGAUAGUCAAGUUAAUCAAUUAAUCAAUUGGCAAUCAUCAAUCAAUCAAACAAAAAUAAAUUUUUCAAUUGUUUAACUAUAUAUCAUAAUUAAAGGUCUGGAUUUUAACUCGAGAACGAGACAUAUUAAAGGAGUGUAAAAUUUAAUAUGACUACCAUAUUGAAUUUCACUAAAACUUUACAAUUCAGGUUGAAAUAAUCGUUUUUAGUACAACUUUAAGCGUUUAAUACUCCUUUAAAAAUUAGUCGUUUUCCUAAGAAAGCCUUGUACUUAUGCCCCUUGUCACGUCAAAGCUGGUAACCAUAGCAACUGAACCCCAAAUUGCUAAAAUGUCUCUAAAGAACCAAUGUCAAACAACUAGUAAAGAAAAGAGUUUUGUUGCUCAUAAUUGUUCUGUUAGUUCUAAGGCCACGACAACGGGAACAUCAAAAAAUAACAACAUAACAAGUAUGCACUACACCAAGCAACCACGACAAGAACUGACCAAAUUUUAAGUUCUCUCGAACGUGAACGGCAAGGCCGCGAUAAAUUUUACAGUGUUUUUCUGAGCUUGGGAUGCGCCCUCUCCAUUCACAAGAUCUAGCUUUGUUUACCGAUUAUCAAAAACAUCUCAAAAUUCGGACGUGAAGAUCAGAUCGGAUCUGAUCAGAUCGUAAGGUUCCUAAUGGUGCUCCAGGCCGUCAUGAUAUCGCCAGAACAAGUAAAUAUCUCAAAGCAAUUUGCGAUUUUUGCGGACGCUUAGGUUUAUUGCAUUCUGUAAUCACCACCAUUAGUUUCUGCUUGUUUCUGUCGAUCACUAACAUAAAAAUCAUUUAUCCUUUUUUUUUAGUUAAACAUGGCAAGUUGCUCACUGGUAUGUCAGUUAGUGUUGGUGUUUUUGAGCCUGGGAAUGGCGUCCUCCUACUUCAAUGACGACGCUUACUCUAAUACAGGCUCAAUCGAAGGCAUGGAGUCAGACGUAAUGCUAGAUGAGAUCGCUGCUCUCGAUGAAAUAAGUGAUGAUAACCUAUCUGAAGAGGUAGAUGAUGACAUGACCAAUUUUGAUGAAAACGACGUUCAGGGGCUGGCCGAGGACCCAAUGGUAGUAAGAGAUAUCGCACAGUCUGUAAAACGCCAAAUAUUAACAGAGGCUAAGCGUCUUGUCUCGUCUUGCAAGAACCCAAAGGUUGAUGCGAGGAAUCGAAAGCAGGAACGACUAAUAGCCUUAAGAAAGUAUUACCAGGCAUUUGUGCACGGGGGAAAGAGCUUUAUCAGUGACGCAAACUGGCUGAAAAAUAGAAAGAGUGAAAAAUGCAGCGCUUGUCUCUUAAAUGAACUCUGCAAACGGACACGGAUUCAAGGAUUAUUGAACAUCGACGCCAAACUCCCUGCGUAAGUAAUUUUAAUCCAGGUAUAUGACUGGGUUUUCUAUGCGAAGAAAAAACUAGAAGCAAUCGUAUUAGACCCUUUCGUAGAUAUUUACUGCACCCUCACGGAUGUCAAAACCGUGGUUUGUGAGUGCAGAACUUUUGAUGGACUAGUCAUGAUGUUGGAGACCGGUAAACAGUGUACUCAUAAGUCUGGUCAGUCACCGUUACCCUCCUCCUCUUUCGAAGGCGAACCAAACAGAUCAUUGAAUUUUAGAAGCCAGGGAACUGUGUUAAGCAUAAUUAAACCUAACACAAUAUACAAAAAUGUUUGAAAUGCAUGCUAUCCGAUUCGUGCCAAAUUUGUUCAUUCUUCUUAAAAAGAAUAGCUAUUAAAAAAUUAUCUUAACCGUGAUCUAUCUUUUCUAUUUAUCAGGAAGGAAAGAAAUCGUAUUUGCAGAAGGAAACUCGUCCGCGAAGCGAUGGAUGUUUUCGCCGUCAACGAGAUCAAGAUACAAUGUAAUCCAAAUGCGCCAUUUCGAACAAUCAAUGGAACGUGCAACAAUUUACGUAAUCCUUCCUUCGGGGCAGCCAGCACAACAUUUAACAGACUUUUGCCUGCUGAUUAUGGAGAUGGCAUCUCAACUCUUCGCCAAGCGGUAAAUGGGCAAGAACUUCCAAACGCCCGGGACGUGAGUCGAUUUGCCCAUGGAAGCAACGCAGACCGAACAAAUCCGAAUUCUACCAUACUGACUCAUCUGGUCAUGAACUUUGCACAGUUUACGGAUCACGAUUUUACUUUGGCAGAGGCACAGGGCGUUAACUGCGAGCCACCCACCAAAAAUCCGGAGUGCAUUAAUAUUGAGAUUCCCAAAGACGAUGCGAUAUUUCGGGACCGGGAAGUGGAUUUCAUCGAAUUGGAGAGGGAGGCUCCAAGCGAGUCAGACAGUUUUUGCAAACUGGUACCCCGAGAGCAUACAAACACUCUAACAGCCUACAUUGACGCUUCAAACGUUUAUGGAUCGACGCAGGAGGUUGCUGACUCGCUUCGCGCUCCAAAUGGUUUACUUAAAGUCAUGGAGCAUCCAGAUGGCGCAAAGUUUAUGGAUUUACUACCUGCCCGUACAGAAACCCUGGAGACGUUUUGUCCAUCACUAGAUCCAAACAGACCGUGUUUUGUAGCAGGAGACAGUAGGAGUAAUGAGAACCAAGGUAAGAACAAUUGCUAUGAUGUUUAAUCACCCUAGCAGAAAAUGGACUAUUUAUAUCCUUCUUCCAAAAAAAAAAAGGUGCAGUGACAGUUGUUUCGUAACUUUCAGGUCUCAGUUCAGUUCAUACCGUAUUUGUGCGCCACCACAACCGCAUCGCCAAGUUUUUCCGUAAAAGGACAAAAUGGGGCCCAGAAAGGAUUUAUCAGGAGACCAGGAGAAUCAUCGCAGCACAAUUGCAAGUGAUUACAUACAAAGAAUUCCUGCCAUUAUUUUUGAGUAAGAAAACGGUAGGUUUCUACAUUCAAAAUUUCAGUCACUGUUCAGUUUACUUGUCGUUUACAAAUUAUGCCUGUGCGAUUCUUGUUGUCAAAAACAGAUCCUAAAAGAAUCAACAAGUACAAAAUUACGCGUUUCCCACUCACAUUGAACUGUGGAGCUUUUCUAAAUGGCAGAAUUAAUAAAAAAGCAUUUUACGUACCCUCAGUAAUUAGAAAAAGGCCUUAUAAUGCUAACCUUAAGAGUUUUUGUUAUUCGAAUACUUAUAUCUAAGGUGUACGAUAAUUUUUGGUAUUUUAGGAAAAACACGCACUAGAAAAGACUGAUCUGGCCUGUUCUAAAUUUAAACAUGACUUUUUCCCCUCAGAUCACAAAGUUUGGCCUUGGGCUACUAAAGGGAACACGGUUUUUCAAUGAUUACGACGAAACUGUGAAUGCUCAAAUGACCGCUGGCUUUUCUGUAGCUGCCUUCCGAUUUGGCCACACCCUGAUUCAGGAGUGGUUUAGACGAUUCAAUCAAAGAAGUUUCCAACACAAAGACAAAUCCGAAUUCCGGCCUAUUCCCGUGCUGGACUUUGAAAAUCCACAGUACUUGUACGAGAUAUGUCAGGGAGGUGUAGAUGCCAUUUUGAGGGGAUUAAUCAAGGAUGCCGCGGGAAAGGCUGACGGGUUAGUAAAUAAGCAUUUUUUCUUUCUUUUCUAAAUGUCUCCAGAAGGGAAAUAAACAAGAUUCUUUUUUUUUCGAGACCAAUCUCUGAGUAUUGACGUCAAGAGUUAGCAAUUGCUCUGCGUAAUAUAGAAAUAAACUGUUCUUGACUAAUAAUUCCUGGGGUAGAGUUGAAGGCUUGACCCAAUUCAGUAGUUAUUAUGAAUUAAUCAUCAAAUAAGUGCCUAUUUGUUGGUCACCGUUAAAAUUUAACUCGGUCUCUGGGAAAAUAAUACCCUUCUUCACCCCCAGGCUGGAAUAGUUUCCAGGGAAAAAAAAUCCAGUAAGUAACUGGUCUUUAUCCUGAUAACAUCAAGUGAAUACUUUUCCUAAUGAUUCACAAGUCAAAAGAAAGAAAAAAAAAUCAUUCAGGGUUUGUGAUAUUUUAAGAAUGAGAGAUUAAGCAUCGCGUUUACGGCAAACACCAAAGGUGAGAUUCAAAUUAAUAAAUUUUCAAAAUGAGAAAUGAGCAGAUAAAAACAGCUUGAAACAAUCCUUAUGAAUAGAAUCAAUGCGAACGUACCAAUUUACGUGUAGCUGUAAUGAACAGUAAACGACAAGUAAAGGGGAAGCUUGGUCACGUGGUACAAAUUUACGUUUGCCGUCUCUCUAGUAUGCUUCAUGUUGCUGGGCGAAACUUCAAGGAGACUCCUCGAUUGUAGCAUCCUCAGUUUGGACUAACAUUUUGAAUUCUGAAAUUCCCUAUAUCUUUUCAUUUUAAUUUUAUUGCGUAGUUAUUUCUGAAGUUAUUAUUGAAAAUAUUUGCUUCCGAUGUUUUGAUUGCCCUAAAUACAAUUAUGUCAAGUACCUUUGAAUUGCCUAAGCUCAUGUGCAGAAUCGGGGAAGAAAUGUUCUGCUGCAAGCAAUGCAUUUCUCAUGCCCAAUUUGGCCCCGCUUUUGGUGGCUAACUGUAACUGCAACCAACUGUUUCUAGAUUGCAGUCUAAUUUUCCUUUGUAAGGUUAUUUUUAACAAAAAUAGCGGUCGAAACUUAAACGGUUGUAAUUGCGAAGUCAUACAUGUCUUUUAUCAUGGCCAGAAAAUAGGAUAAGUCAAUUAGGUUCAACAUCUCCUGCUUAAUGCAUCAGUCAAUUCCACCUGCGCCCAGCCCUCCCCCCUCCCCCCCAGGCAACUUGCGGGGCAUUUGCCCGCCUUGUAAGUCCCGGGGGUGGGGCAUUUGCAAAUGUUGCACUGCCCGGGGGCCGGGCAUUUGUCAAUCCCCGGGGCAAUCCCGAGCUUUUGACACGCACGCGGUUUCCUAUCAGAAUGUAACUAAAAACAAGGUUUUACUGGAAGAAAAGCAGAUUGGCUCAUUUGUCAAGGACAGGAAUAAAUUGUAGAGGGUUGUAAAGGCAUGUUCUCGAUUUUACAUGUAUGUAUGCAUUUCUUCAUUGCUUAUCAAGCCAGAAUUACGUAGCGAAAUUGGAGCUAUCGAUGUGAAUCAACGUUUUUUGGUUAUUGAAUCAAAUUUCUGUUGAUAUUAUUUGAAGAACAUCCUUUCAUAUUUAUAAAACUAUUCAUAACAUAUAACUUUACAGCGCUCUACUAAUUUUAAUGUCAAUAAUUUUAUACCAAUACUAAAACCAUAAACUGGUGCAUGUCGUCGCGGCGUGAAGUCUUAAUUAGAAUCCUCGCGCUAUUACAAAGGAAGACGUUAAUUAAACCAAAAAAAUCGCACAUUAAAAUGCUUAAAACGGCACUAUUUGACUGUGCGAUCAGUGAAAAAUGUUGCAGUUUUGACGGAGGACGGAGCAUUUGCCCUCUUUUUUCGUCCCCACUCCGAGGGAAUUGACAGCUCAAGAGUUCCCACCCCUGGGAAUUUGCCAUCCAAGGCAAAAAAAAUGCUAAUGCCCGGGGGCAGCCCGGGAGGGGGGGGGGGAGAGGGUCUGGGCGCAGGUGGAAUUGACUGAUGCAUAAACCGUUAAUUAAACCUUCAAAAGUCAUGGUCAGUAGUUCCUUGAAACGAAGAUGAAGUGAAAACAAAAAUAAAAUUGCCAAAUGUCAUUUUUAAAAGUUACCAAUUUUGUUAUUUCAUAUUAAAUAGGAGAUUUUCAAGCUCUGUACAAGAAAAUCUAAGGAGAGGUGAGGGUGAUUUGUCUGACUUAAUCAGUAUCAACAUCCAAAGAGGACGUGAACGCGGCGUUUCUGGAUACACUAAGUAUCGCAACCUUCCGUUAUGCGGACUGCCAAAGGUGAAAUCGUUCGAGGACCUGGUACGAAAGGCAAACUUUGACCGAAAGGAUGUGGCUAAUUUGAGGAAAAUUUACAAAAACGUUCAUGAUAUUGACUUUUUCGUAGCAGGUAAGUCAAAAAAUGUUAAAUGCAAAACUUUCAACAGCUAAGAUUCUUUAAUUAUAAGGAUGUAAAACGCGACCAAAAUUGUCCUUUAAUAAAAUUAAUCAAAAGUCGAGUACCAUUAUCUCUUCAAGAAAAACUCCGCUUGAAAAAUUCCCUAGCACCAAUGUUGUGGAAUAAGCAAUCUUCUGAAAAAAAAAAUCCAUCCGCUUACACAAAAUAUCAUAUUCAUUUUCAUUCAUUUUUAUUUCAGUUAACUCGCAAAACGUGCGCACCAUCGGCGGUUUUUGGUGCCAUUUUCCUGUUUUUGGUCCUGCAUCAAAAGUCCUGAUUUUGCUUAAAUUUCGCGUAACCAUGGGCAUAAGUCGGAUGGAUGUCGAGACAUUCUGCCCGAUAAUUUCGCUAACCUACAAGCUAAGCGUUAUAAUCACAGUUACAUUAAUUCGCAGAAUUGGGGUUGUGGAGAUUUUUUCAGUUCACUGUCAAAGUUUCGCCAUUUCUUCCGGCGCAUCAGUGAAAUUAGGAAUGUCGGGGAUCUCAUGCACGUCCGCAUAGGUUCAUCCUGACCUCGUUUAAUUCUAUGAAACAUCUGGAAGACAACUGAGCAAAUGCCUCUUCAAACCUUGAAAAAGACUCUGAAGGACAAGUUUGAAACCAUUAUCCUUCUCCGCCUUUGUUUCGUACUUUUAUAAUGCAACCUAAAUUAUUUUCAAUUCCUUCCCCUUCUCAGGAAUGCUUGAACCACGACCUAGUGAUGGAGGAGUUCUGGGACCAACUUUUCAGUGUGUUGUAGCGGAACAGUUCCGCCGCCUGAGAGUUGGAGAUCGUUUCUGGCACGAAAAUGCCCCAAACGCAACCUUGAACACAGACCGAACGGCGUUCAAUGCUGCCAUGCUACGGGAAAUUAGGAAUACAACAUUUGCUAAAAUCCUCUGUGACAAUGCCGACGACAUACCAUUUAUAAGCAGGAAGGUUCUAGAGCAGAGUAAUAAAAGGGUGGCAUGCAGCGCUCUACCAACCGUCAGUCUUGAGCCAUGGGUGUGACACUGGGUAAGCUGCUUUUUCAGACAUUUAAUAGGUUAACGUAAACAUCAUCCCUCGAUCACCUGAUUGGACGGGACAUUUCUGGAGAUUUCUCCUUAAACACCAUACAGUUCCCCAUCGCUGUAUAGUCCCUGGUAUUAAGUCCUCAAUCCCUGGUAACCACUUCGGGCCCGUUUGUUAGCUUACGUAAAUGUAUGCACUGUGCCCACCGGGUGCCAAAGGAGGAGAUAUGAGAUUAUUUCUUUUUAUUCCCGAGGGCAAUGGCUAGCAAGCUGGAGACGCUUUUGCUUCAGUCUCAGAGACAAAGGUGUUAGUUCCCGAUAGAUCCCGGGAGUACUCCUGGGAAUUCUUGGCGGACGUGUGCCGCCUGGUUCCCAAAAUCCUGACCCUAUUUCAGACCAAAAAAUGUUAUUUUUCAACCCGUUCUCAGACCUGGCCUCUAAAAUCCAUACCCGUUUUCAGACCUGGCCUUUGGGCAAACUUUUUGUCGUCAUUACUUAGAUUAGACGGCAAACCAAAAAAAUCUUCAAAUGCAAUUCGAAGUCGCAUAUUUCUAUUUCGUUCUUAUUCAUUUGGAAUUGACGCGAUAAAUACGUUCAUAUUAUCCCUAGUUCCCUUAAAAACCAUACGGGACUCCAGGGCAAAAUAGAGGAAGUGUGUACCCAUUUUCAUUCCAAAAAGGCCCAAAACCCCACCUGGUGAGGCGGCAUGUACGUACCUAUAUGGCUUAUAUAAGGAAGAAUCCACCCCCGUCCAAAGAUCUUCUCCAGCCAAGAGAUCCUCUCCUCUCUCUUAAUGUAAUGGUUCCCCUUAGAAUAGAAGUAUCCUGUGACAGGUAAAACACCGCAGGAAUAGCAUCUCUUAACAGCACGGUAUAUGGAUCCACCCCGCGCCCACCCCUAAUUGGUUUUCCUAUCGCUAUGGAUUCCACUAAAAAAAAACUGCACCUUUAACAUACAAGCUGUUAGUCUGUUUGCUCAAAUUUGGUGGCCGUUGGUUACUAUGUUGAACUUGAAGCAUGACGAUGAGUGCAUUGUUUAUACUUUUUGAUUGUUAAGAUAAUCGUUUCAAAGCGAUAUAACUUGAGCUUUUGCGUUCAAGGUUAAAAACUAAGUAAAUUCCAUAACCCUUUAACUCUUAAGCACACAAAAAUAGGUGAAGGUUCAUAAUAGUCGGCUUGCUUUCUUAGGUCUAGUUAGAUGACGUACCUCACUUGAGUUGAAUGGAAUUCAAUGAGUUAAAUUCAUGUUAAGGACGGCGUCUGAAUCAAUUCGAAACGGCUAACAGAUUUUGGAUCGGCUCGCCUCUUGGUCAUGAGUGACUUGUUACCCAGGAAUGACGGCUGUAGAAAGGCGUUGAUUUAGACCUACAACUUCAAGUGAUAAACAGAACCAAAUGCAUAAAUUUUAUGAUUCAGAAUAGAAAUGCGCGUUAAUUUCCUUUUGAAUUUAGUCUGGUAUGGAUGGAAAAAAGAACGGUGUCUGAGUCAAUUCGCCCGCCCUAAAGUAAUUCCAGUCGGCCUAAAAUCGAAUUCGUUUCGGCUUGGGUUUAGGUACUGUGACAUUUUUGCACUCAGAUGCCUUUGACCUAAACAAGGGUUGUACGCCGGAACUUUCUUUACAAAACAAACAAUGAAAUUACAUGUAAAAAUGUAGUUCAUAAAACCGCUUAAUAUUUAAUUACAUGCAAAUGUGAUACAUUUAGAAACUUCAACAACUUGGUAGUGCCAAUAUGAAAAAUAGUACAGUGCGUGAUGAAGCGCUUUCUUAAAAAAGCCUCGUGAUGGGAGAAAUAAGCAUUUUAUCGACCUUCUACUGAGGGGUAUUUAUCAGAUUUUUACCGAGUCGCUAUGUGGUUCUGUGUCCUCAUACAGUAGCAGACUUGAAUAAAUUUGAUAUCCAUCGUUCCAGGCCCAUAAUUAACAGUUACGUUACUUUCUUUUUUCUGCAGAGUACUUAACAAUGUUAACGAUGAUCCAAGCAAUACACAUGAUUCAACCAAAUCAGAAAAAAAUACAUCCGUGAUAAUUAUCUUGCUUAAUGGUAGACUAGAUGAACGACUAUUAUAGAGGGCUGUAAU